ACCACAUUUCUCACUGUACUGUUAAUCCAGCUGGAGUCUAUGCCAUUGAGGACGGAUUACAAUCAGCUCUAAUGCACUUGAAGAUGACUGACUCCCCUGAAGCAUUAAUACAGUAAUAGCUCGAUUCAACUUAAACUGGCAUGAAAUAGACUUCUCACCCGAAAUGUCUGUUUUAUAUGCAAAAGCUGCACAGAUCUGCGCGCACUCAGUGGUGCGUUAAGGUAACAGGUGGCUUUUUUUGGUCUCUUCUUGGAACCAGUUUAGAUAUAUUAUAAAUACAUUUUCUUUGUUUGAUCAGAAUUUAUUAAAGGUAGGUGCGUUUUUAAAGCAUCAUGAGGCUCCCGGAGAGAGGAAGACAAAUCCUUGCGGGGAAAAACUUGAGAAAGACACUGAUUUUUCAAACUUUUUGCGCAUGAAAUGAGUUUGACAGUUCUUUCAUUCUGCGCGGCCAGACUCCCGACGAGAAAGGAUAGAGUUAGAUGAAUGGACCGCAGGAUGUUUUUUGGACAGGAGGCUCUGAAUUACAGCUUCAACCAGAGCGAUGAGCGGGAGCUGGGGGACGCGUCCGCGGGCGCGGCGAGGCUCUCCCCCGCGGGCUUCGUCGUGCUUUCCGUGGUCCUGGGCUUCAUCAUGACUUUUGGCUUCCUGAAUAACUUCGUUGUCCUGCUGCUGUUCUGCAAAUUCAAGAAGCUCCGUACGCCCGUGAACAUGCUGCUGCUGAAUAUCAGCGUCAGCGACAUGCUGGUGUGUUUGUUUGGCACCACGCUCAGCUUCGCCUCCAGCAUCCGGGGAAAGUGGCUGCUGGGGCGCGGCGGCUGCAGCUGGUACGGCUUCAUCAACUCCUGCUUCGGUAUUGUAUCCCUGAUCUCUUUGGUGAUUCUCUCCUACGACCGCUACAGCACUCUGACUGUCUACAACAAGCGGGGACCAGACUACCGUAAGCCCCUGCUUGCUGUUGGGGGCUCUUGGCUUUACUCCUUGUUUUGGACGGUACCUCCCCUGCUUGGCUGGAGCAGCUAUGGCUUAGAAGGGGCAGGAACGAGCUGCUCCGUCUCCUGGACAGCUAAGACCGCUCAGUCACAUGCCUACAUCAUCUGCCUGUUCAUCUUCUGCCUUGCUCUGCCCGUCCUCGUGAUGAUCUACUGCUACAGCCGCCUGCUCUGGGCAGUGAAACAGGUAGAGUCGCGUCAGGUGGGGAAGGUCCGGAAGACUGCAGCAAGAAAGAGAGAGUACCACAUACUGUUUAUGGUUCUGACCACAGCAGCCUGCUACCUGCUGUGCUGGAUGCCGUACGGUGUCGUGGCCAUGAUGGCGACAUUUGGCCCCCCUAACAUCAUAAGUCCUGUCGCCAGCGUGGUCCCUUCACUUCUGGCCAAGAGCAGCACUGUCAUCAACCCCCUAAUCUACAUCCUGAUGAAUAAACAAUUCUACAGGUGUUUCCUGAUUCUGUUCCACUGCACUCACUGGUCGGCGGAAAAUGGUAACACUUCAAUGCCCUCCAAGACUACAGUAAUCCCUUUGAAUCGAAGAGUGUACAGCAACACCGUGGCACAGAUCUCUACAGAUGCUCUUAACUAGUGUUUCUCCAAGGAUUUCUCCUUUCCUCAACAUCAUGACCGUGGCCUGACAGUCCCCAUCAGCAACUUUCCUAAACUAUUCCUGUUAAUAUGCCAUCAUGACGGCUUCCACAAUUCCAAAAUAAGACUUUCUGAGGAAUUUCAGAGGUCGAAUACAUGGAUUUUCUUCCUCUCUGCUCUGAGACGAUGCUUGGUGAUAUUUUUUUUUUUUUUCCUGGCACACCGUCAGCCUUGUGCUUUAUCCUAAACGUGUUGCACUGAUUGAGGUCAUGGCUUUGUGUGUGCAGCUUUGAUUUUCUUCCAUGGAAAAUUGAUCAAAGCCACCCAUUUUCAUGCUAAUACAGAAAACAACAUUCGGCUGAUGUCUUUGGCAACUGGUGGAACCAAGACAAGUGGGCAAUAACAUGCAACAUACGUCCCAUCAACAGUUUGUUUUUCUGUGGAUAAAAAAAAGAAAAAAAAAACACAAAACAUGAUAGCUGUUUACUGAGCUUUCUUUUUAAAGUGUGGUUCCUUGUUUUCAUUUCUCAUCCCACCUUAUUUACUCCUCUCUUAUCGAAGAUUUUCCAUUAUUCAAAUGAACUUUUUCCAUUUUUCUGAAGGUGCAGAUGGAGUAAACAAAAUCAAAUCCCAUCUAUGUUGGAUGCAAUGUUCACUUUGACUCAAUCCCCCUUUAAUUUACACAUCAUUUUCUACCUAUGCGUUACCAUUUCUCUCCAACCUGCUUUUCAUACCAGUUAGCAAAAUGUUUCCAACCCAUGUAGGCUCUAUGUGUGUAUCGGAGCAUAAAUUGCAUUUUUCACAUAAUUUCAAUUUAAGAAAAUAAAAUAUUAAAUUGCAGACGCACUUAAUUUUGGUCACGUUAUAUUUAACAUGACUUAGAGAAAAAAAAUGUUCUCAUCUCACUCCAGCUCUUUUUAGGUAGUGGUGAUGGUGGUUUAAGUGGGUUUCAUACCCCAAAAAGGAAAGAGAAACAAACAGUGAACAUGCAGGUGUGUGCAUGCAAGCAGAAGUAAGCGCCUUUCCAAACAAAAGGUUAAAGUCUUGAAACAAUGGGUGCUUAAAAAGCAAGCUUUCAAGGCAAGGAAAAAAAACAACUAAACCCUGGAGUGAAACAUCUACGGGUUUGUGCUUA